UGAAAAUACCUCUUCGUACUUUUUAUUGAACGAUGUUUUAAUCAAGCAUUACUUUUUUUUAAAAUUUAUUUAGAAUAAGAAAGAAAAAAUGGCGGGCCCAGGAGGUAAUAAACGUAUUAUGACUGAAGUGUCACGAUUACAAGCCUUAGCUUCAAAUAAUGAUCCAGCAGGUCUUAAAUUUCUUCUUGAUAAAUCACCUAUGGACACUCCAGGAUCAAAUAUAAUUCUUGGAAGAAUAUUACCUCGAUCAGCAAUCUAUAAUCAGGCUGCAUUUCAAA